AUGGCUCAAGGCAUUUUGUGUGAGAAUGGUGAAAUGAAGAACGACGAAGCAGUCAAGAUCUAUGAAGAUAACCAAGGUUCAAUUGCGUUGGCCAAGAACCCCGAGUUCCAUAAAAUAGUGAAGCAUAUCGACAUCCGGUAUCACUUCGUGCGCGAGAAGGUUGCAGACGGCCAAGUGUUGCUACAGUAA